UCUGCCACCAUCAACUUGAUUCAAUUGUGAGAGUUGAGGUCUCACGGCUCCUCUCAAAUUCACUUUCUCAAUUUUCAACCUUUGGGCUUUUUAGGGUACAAAAUGCUCCUAAGAAGUGCUUCAACGCCGAUACUGAAUUCAUGGAUACCAAACGCGAAAGAAUCGUUUUCACCGGAGGUGGAAAUACUUCACCAAAUGCAAAGAUCCAAAUCCAUUACAAUAUCAGCUUCGUCUCUAACUCCUCAAUUUUCUUCUCAACAAAGUGAUGAUUCCUUUAAAUUUAUGACGAGAGCGCUCACUGAGACCGAUCUUCGAAGCUCUACUGAGCCGCCCUUGCCAAAGAAGAGGCUCUCCGAAAAAUUCACCACCGGGACGGCAGUUGUGGACGAAGACGAAAUCGAUACGGCGUCUUUGGAUUUUAGUUUGUUUUCAAAUUCUGGAUUAGCGAGUGAAGAGUGUGAGGCUGGUGUUAUGGUGGGUGGUGGAGCUUACAGCGGCGGCGGGAAGAUGUAUGGUAGCGGUCGAGGUGGAUCGGACGGUGGAUGCGGAGAUGGGAGAUGGGAGUCAAACAAUAAUGGAAAUGAUAAAACUGAUAUUUAUUAUCAGAAGAUGAUUGAAGCUAAUCCUGGAAAUACGCUGCUUCUUAGUAACUACGCCAGAUAUUUGAAAGAGGUUCGUGAAGACUUUGUGAAGGCAGAGGAGUAUUGCGGGAGGGCCAUUUUGGCAAACCCAAAUGAUGGAAAUGUUUUGUCCAUGUAUGCUGAUUUGAUAUGGCGGAGUCAGAAGGAUGCUCCUCGUGCUGAAGCUUAUUUCGAUCAAGCUGUGAAGGCUACUCCUGAUGACUGUUACGUUCUUGCAUCAUAUGCUCGAUUUCUUUGGGAUGCUGAGGAGGAAGAAGAAGGGGAUGAGGAUGUAGAAGAGGACAUGACCACAACAAAACCACCUAGUUAUUUUCAUGGAUUUCCUUCUGGACCUUCUCCAAUAGCUGCUGCUUCUUAGGUUCUCCGCCUGUUUUCUUUCUUGUAUCAUACUACGGAUAUGAGCUUUUGACAUUUGUUUGUAUAAACUUUUCCUGCCUGUUGAGAUGAGUUGUAUUAACCUGUAACUUCUAGUUACGUUGUAAUUAUUGGAGUCAUGUCAUGUUGAAGAUUAAUAAAAUAUAUGAAAUCAGAAUUUUGCAAAAA